AUGGAAGAAAAAACGACCAAAAAUGAUUCUAGUCCCAUUCUUUCGUCAAUAUUCGCUUUCGGUUCGGUGCCUUCGGUAAAUACCAACAUAUCUUCCUCCUUGGCAAUUUCUACACCAUUGUUAAAAAUGAAUCUUCGGAUACAUCUAAAUCUUUCCGAACGAGAUUUUAUUAUUUCCAUGGACGGAAUAAAACCUGGUAAAUUUUUAGAAAUUUACAAUUCGAAUGAGGAAUCGGAUGUUGACAAGCACUUCAUUGUCAAGGUUGACAAGGAGUGCAUCAAGGAUAAAACAGGUUCACAGUCAUAUCGCAAACUUAUUUGGAUUCGUGACGAAUUCUACUGUGGUGGCUCGCGAGCAUCCGUUGCUGCAAAUCACGCGGCAGAUCAUAUCGAAUUUUAUUUCAAGGAUCAGUACAUCGAAUCUGCAAAAUUGUUUAUCUUUGUUCAAAUGUCAAAGGAGAUGUGGGAAUUCGAUGAGGAUGGUGAUCUAUAUUAUGAGAAAACAGUCGAUGGGUUUUUCGCGGAACUAUUUCGUCGUUUAAAGGAGAAUAAGACAAACCAUGUGAUUUCAAUAGUAUUGUUUUCAAGAGUGUUCUAUGAUGAAAGAGAAGAUUUAAUGGAUGAUCCCGAGUUGCUUGACGAGCCUUCAUUGAUGAAAGAUAACGAGGGAAGAUGGUGCAAAGAUUUCUAUAAGGUGAUAGUAGAUUGGGAGACAAGAAGUGAUUGGUCAACGGCAUUAAAGGAGUUGAAAAGUGAACUCUUAAAUUAUCAGCCAAACGUACUAUUGAGAAAGAAACGAAAAGAUGGCGGUGUUUACAGUGUAUUGUCAGGAAAGAAUUCUUAUGCCUUUUCAGGAAACAUACUGGAAGCUAUAAAUUUAGCAUUGAAUCCUUUUGAUAGGCAUUACGUGGAUCGAGAUUUACUACGUACAGGAUUAUCAAUAGUGGUAGUCACUCCUGGGUGCGGAAGAUUCGAGGUUGACAAGAAAACCUUGAGAAUCACCACCGAACGUAUGGUGAACAAUGGCAUAGGAUUAGAUCUUGUGUGUCUAUCGAAGAUCCCCCUCCACACCGUACCUCUGUUCAAGUUCAAGUCGUUGGAACUUUCAAAAGUUCAACAAAAAUUUUACAAAGAUCUCACACAAAAAUCACACGGGCACAAAUCGCAACCACCCAAAGAUCCAAAACCGGAACCUCGAGAUCCUUUGGACUAUGAUGAAGACCAAAGUGAAGCAGAUUAUUCAUAUUAUAAAACCCCGGACUGGGUGCAUUGUACUUUCUAUCCGGGUAAUCAAGAGAAACAAUUCAGGCCUGACAAAUUCGUUACGCGAUGUAAAAUGUAUGAGAUACAGAUGAUGGGUAUCAUGGAGCACGAGAUAUCGUCAAUUUUGAUUCCAUAUUUAAAUGAUCCACAAUCAUCGCGAGAUGAUAAUUUUAAUUACGAUGAAUAUGACGAAAAUAUAUUUUCAAGCAACUCAAAGACCAAGCUGAAACAAAAUGGUUUCGGAAGCAGUCAUAGUAAUGCAAACUUUAAGUGGUACCAAACUAUGGAAUUUGACCUCGUUAGUCGAUCACCCGAAUUCACUCAAAGAAACAAUGAUGACUCAAGUCAGCUACAAUCGAGAAGUUACCAAAUGGAGAUGUCAAGAAGUUUGCCAAAAACAUUUUCCACCAUGACCAUGUGUCACAAUCCGAAUCGACAACAUAAUAAUUCGAAGAUAUCGAAAUAUCAGGGACUCAGUUACAUCGAAUCAGCGAGUUCCAAUAGAAUAGAAGGUUUACCAAAAGUGCACGAGUACUACCAAGAAAAUAUCUUCGAGGGUAAUGGUCAAACGGCUGACGAAGAUGCGCCGUAUUUGACGAAUAGCAACACGAAGCCAAUAGCCAUAAACAUAAACUCUCCAUAUAGGCUUCAAAGGAACUUGAACCGAAAUUCGCCGUCGCCCGGAGGAAGUUUCGACUCUCGUACAAGCGAAAAAGAUAGAAUGCUUGCAAAGUUCUCACCGGAGAAGUUUACGCUCUCUCGACAUCGAUCAACCUUGGUCAAUCCCUGCAACCCAACAAAGAUCUCCCAUCACAAUGGCUUCGACACAUAUUUAAGAAGAUGGGAACAUGUGUAUCCUAGACCAAUAUCAAUGAACACUAUGAAGUGGGCGGCAUUAUGUACACCAGCCUGUCUGCCGGUAACCACCGAUUACUUUCCACCGAUCAAUGAACUCGGAUUGUAUGACGAGCACGCCUACAAUAUGAAUCCAGAACAAACCGAAGAAAACUUGUUGAACGAACUGAUCUAUCAACGUUUAUCCCAAGGAUAUCAGUUAAUAGUGCCAUCAAAUUACACUGUGUAUGAAUCAAAGCUCUUUGGUUUUGGAACCUUUGCUAAACAGAGCACUCCCCGUUCACAUUAUCUUAGCAUGGGACGCCAUGUUCAUCAAUUGAUGUAUGAUUCGUCGAGUCAACAGGUUGAGGUUAAGAGAUAUGUUCGCAAGAUUAUGUAUGAUCCGAGGCCAAUUUCAUACUCUUGUGUUGUCUGGCCGAAAUGUCAAGAAUUUUAUGAACCAAGAACAGUCACAUUUAGUUUUCCUAAUAUCGACUAUAAGUGGAAUUACGUUGAUCAAUUGGUCUGCGGAUUUCAUGAUGUUUUGCUGGAGCAAGAUGACAUGAUUGAACAGUUGAAAUUCUGGAAAACAAGGUUUAUACUGAUACCGACGGAAAAUUUCCAAACGGGUGAAUCGCCGGCGGACGAAGAA